CCAUUUAACGUGGUUGUAUUAACAUCUUUCCAUUUCACUCUAAUCUUGUUUCAGAUUUUCUUCAUUUGUGAUUGAAAAAAAAAUAUUUUCAAGUUCAUCGUGUGAUUUAAAGCAUUUAAAAAUAUAUUAUUAUUAAAAAUAAAAGGAUUGAAAUGGCAGCAGCUGUUGACACAUUGCAAAUUAACUCAGGAAAUACCGUCCUUGACGAAAAGAUUAAGGAAUGGCUUCAAUGGGAUAAGAAUGAGAAAACAUUGAAUGAGAUUAAGUCGUUGGUCGAAUCGAAGGAUUAUGAAACCCUCAGCAAGCGACUAUUGAACCGCAUGGCUUUUGGAACUGCAGGAUUACGUGGUCCAAUGAGAGCUGGAUUUGAUUCUAUGAAUGACCUUGUAAUUGUUCAAACUGGGCAGGGAUUAGUAAAAUAUGUGAAGGAAUGCUUUCCUACUGAUGAAGAUCAACAACGCGGGAUUGUCUUGAGUUAUGAUGGACGAUACAACAGCAGGAAAUUUGCAGAACUAACCGCAACGAUUUUCAUAAAUGAAAAUAUUCCUGUAUAUUUGUAUAGAAAUGUGACCGCAACUCCAUUCGUACCGUUUUGUGUGCUAGAGAAAAAAGCUCUUUGUGGUAUAAUGGUCACAGCAUCACAUAACCCAAAGGAAGAUAAUGGAUAUAAAGUAUAUUGGGAGAAUUCUGCACAAAUUAUACCACCUCAUGAUAAAAACAUUCAAAACAGUAUAUUGGAUAAUUUGGUUCCAUUCAAGUCGUCAUGGAACCUGGAAGCAUUGAACUCACCCCUCCUACAUGAUCCAUAUGAUGAAAUGUUUGCAUCGUACUUCAAAAAGAUGCUCGCAGUAAUUCCACCGAAAUAUUUGUCUAUUAACGAAGAGGCACAACUUAAAAUUGUUUACACUGCCAUGCAUGGUGUUGGCUAUCCAUUUGUUGAACAUGCUUAUGAAGUAUCAAAAUUGAAUCCAGUUUAUGCUGUGAUUGAGCAACGUGAUCCAGAUCCAGAGUUCCCAACUGUCAAGUUUCCAAAUCCAGAGGAAGGAAAGUCGUGUUUAGUCCUGUCAAUGAAGUUAGCUGAUGAAGUUGGAAGUGACUUGAUUGUAGCAAAUGAUCCAGAUGCUGACCGUCUGGCAAUAGCAGAACGCGACCCACGAACGAAGCAGUGGAAAGUAUUUAAUGGAAAUGAAAUUGGCACGUUGCUUGGCUGGUGGUCUAUCCAAUACUUCAAAGAAACAUAUCCAGAAAAAAGUUUGAGUGAUUGCUACUUGCUAGCAAGUACUGUCAGUUCCAAGAUGCUCGGAUCAAUGGGAAAAAUUGAUGGAUAUAAUUUUGAGGAGACACUGACUGGAUUUAAAUGGAUGGGAAAUCGAAGUGUUGAUUUGAUGGAACAAGGCAAGACUGUGCUUUUUGCCUACGAAGAAGCAAUUGGAUUUAUGUUCUCACCUACCGUACUCGAUAAAGAUGGUGUAUCUGCAUCAGCUCAUCUUGCAACUUUAGCGUCACACCUGAAAGUCAAGGAGGGAUUAAGCUUGUGUGAAAAAUUGGAUCAAUUAUAUGAAACAUAUGGCUAUCAUUACUCAAUAAAUAGCUACUUCCUGUGCUAUGAGCCAGAAAAAAUUGUCAAAAUAUUUGAACGUAUUCGGAAUUGGAAUGGAAUAAAAGAUGAAUAUCCACUCGCCGUUCUCGAUGGCAAAUAUAAAAUUGCAGGCAUUAGAGAUUUAACAACUGGCAUUGACACAUCGCAAGCUGAUAGAAAAUCAUUGCUGCCAUCGAGCAAGAGUUCACAAAUGAUUACAUUUACGUUGGAAAAUGAUACCGUUGUUACAUUACGGACGAGUGGCACGGAACCGAAAAUUAAAUACUAUUCAGAAUAUUGCGCAAAACCUGAUGAAACUGAUUGGAAGCAAGUCCAAGCCAACUUGAAGGAAAUCGUUGAAGCUUUAGUUGAUGAGUUUUUACAACCGAAUGAGAAUGAAUUGAUUGCACGUGCAGAUUAAAUAUUAUUCAAUAUUUCUCUUACAUUUCAUUUGUGGAGCUGAAUAUAUUUAUUAUUUAUUUACUGUCAACUGUAUACAUUUUGAUCAGAAUAAAAUACGGCAUGCCAAUAAGGUAACAGAUGUUCAGGAAGUCAGAAUUGGAAUUUUGAAUUUUUUUACUAAUUUUUUUUUCCUGAUGUCAAUGUUUUAAGUUGAGUACAGUUUCUAAGUGAAUCUGCUACAAAAUAAUUUUUUAAAAAUAGAGAUCAAUAAUUUUGAGAGAUUCUUAUGGGAUCGUUCCAAAAUGACGUUCAUCAUAAAAUGCUUUCUUAAACGUAACCCCUUCUUCACUGUUGUUAUCCUCUUUUCCUAAAGUAACUCAUGAGCCAUUCGUUAAUACCUAACGCUUUUAAAGAGUAAGGAGAGGAGGCUUGAUAUUUUGGGACUCUUUAAACAAAAUAAUAUAUUUCCAUUAAAACUAUGUGUUUGAAAGUUCUGUUAAGUAGUGAGUGAACGUAAUUUAUGAACGACCCAAAAUAAGAUAUCCUUUAAAAUAAUAAAAUAAAAUAAAGUUAAGAUAUUUAACUUAAAAUAUAAGAUUAUUGAUAGUUCUUAGAAAUCAGUUAUAAACUUUUGGUACAAAAUAUUGCUAAAUCGUACUCUGCAUUUUGGUCAAGCAUAAAAGAAACAAAUUUUAUUAAAAACUGGCCAAAAUGUUUCAAACUCUUAACUUAAUUUAAAAAUUCAUAUUCUCCAGUAGUUAUUUGACUUGCAUUGACAGUAUAAGUGACAUAAAUUUAUUUAUCACAAUAAAUUAUAUCAAAAAGUAAUAAGUGUGAAGAACAGAAAAGUUCAAUAAAAACUGAU